CGGAUCCGAUAAGAGUCACUUCUCUUCGUUCCCCUCUCCCUCUCUCUUCCCCAUUACUCUGUGCUACACAUCUCGGCUACUUCUCGAUCUCGCACACGAAGUGGGAGAAUGAGUUCUUCUAGGGCAGUUCCGAGGAGAGAGAGUCCGUGGGGUUUGCCGGAAGGUGACACGCGGCAGCCUCAGGCGCAUCGGUGCAAUGAUAGAGCCGAGGAUGUAAUCCAGGCCUGCUUUGAAGGGAAUCCAUUUAAAACUGUUCCAGGCCCUUUCAAGCUCUUUUGGCGAUGCAUGCGAUCAAAACCUGGGGAGGAACCAACAGAACCUUUCUAUUACCUGCAGCUGGAUCCACCAAAGAGACAGGAAGUCAAUCUAGAGUGAGAAACGAACAGCGCAAGGAAAAAACUAAAAAAAGGAAUCCAGAAAGAAAUAGCGUUCUUGAGGCCGAUGUGUGGCAUUCAACUCCCAUAAAAACCUCAUCUGCUUUUUGUUGCAUGUUUGUGGAAAUAAAUUUUGGAAUACUCAGCUACACUGUUGUUGUUCCUUUCCCCUUUAUCUACUCUCUGAAUAGUUUGAACAUUGAAUGUGCUAGUAUUGUGUUGCAAAAUAAUUUGGACACAAUGCAAAAUAAAUCUGAUUUUACUCUGUAGAUGAUGCUACUCCCAUUUUAGGGGUUACCAGAUCGCCGAAUCAAUUUUGAUUUUCCUCAUUGUUA